AAAGGUCAAAGUUCAAAGAAGACAAAGGUCAAGGCCUCUUUUAUUUACAACUCACGUAACCCUGAAUUACUAUGCUACUUCCUGACAACAAACAGUCCUCCAGUUCCAAAUAUUGACCCGUGGCAACACGUCCGAGUGCAACGUGGCGCCAAAAUAACACGCACAGCAAUAAAAGUUGACAACGCGCUUAACGACGGGAACUUCGAACGCCGCUUGUGACAUCACCGCCGGCUAAUGUCUAUAAAAGGUCAGACGGCGGCUCUGUGUGCCUCGUCGCUCAGCUGCAAGUACUCGGUAAGUUUUUACACUGACUUUUUCCUCAAUUUAUGUGUUUUUUCUUAGACUUUUAUUUUCUUUUCAUUUUAGUUGUCUGCCGCGGUCCCAUCAUGAAGGUUUUUCUUGUCAUCGUCGCUUUGGCGGCCAUUUCAAACUGCCAGGCCAAGAGUUUCUACUAUGAUGACCCGAGCACAGCCUGGGAGGAGUUCUUUGAAGAAUACAUGUCGGCGCUAAAUUUGAAAGCUGACGAAAUCGUGAAGAACAUCAAGACCUCCCAGAUCGGCAGAGAACUUGACACGCUGAUCCAAGACAGCGUCGCCGAGCUCACCGCGUACCGUUCCGACCUGGAGACCAAGCUAGCUCCGUACACUCGGGAAACAAUCGGGCGUCUGAGCGGAGAUCUACAAGGGGUGGCGGAACUCCUCCGUGAGCGUGUGAACAACGCCAGGGAGCAGAUGGACAACUACGGGCAGGAACUGCGGACCAUGGUGGAGCAGAACACGGAUGAUGUCAGACUGCGGGUCAGCACGUACGUACGCAAGAUGAAGAAACGCCUCAACAAGGAAGCUGCGGAUAUUCAAAAUCAAGUGACCACCUACCUGGAGAAAAUCCAAACCCGCACCUCCAACAACAUUGAGGACUUUAGGCAACUUGUGGAUCCCUACUACACUCAAGUGCGAGACAGCACCCAAGCUAAGAUCAGCAGCCUGAACGACCUGCUGAAGUCCCAAGUGGCGAACAUGAAAGAUGCCAUCGGGAGCACGGCCGACGCCGUCACCAAGCGCUAUGAGAAGACCUCGCAGGACAUCUACUCCACCGUGCAGGAAACGAUGGAGGACCUGGGCAGCUGGUUGCAGCCUUACGUCGCCAUGUUCAGUGACUAUUUGUGAACUGCUAUCAUGAAGUGAUGUAAAAUGACAAU